AUGUACAGAAAAUCUUGGGGAAAAACUCCUCAACCAAUGGAGAAAAAGAAGGAAAAGCAAACAGAAACACGUCAAAGCAAUGUUCACUCCAGCAUCGACGUCAUUGGUGAAGCGCGUCCCAAAACGAAUCCCCUGCUGGUAAGGUGCAUUAUCGAUAACAACCAACAUUCUCUUGCUGAAGUCGGACACGUUUCUAGUACUGAGAAAGCGAUGGGAUUGUGUAAAUGUCCCAGGAAGAAGGUCACAAACCUUUUUUGCUUCGAACAUCGUGUUAACGUCUGUGAGCACUGUCUGGUGGAGAAUCACCGUGGUUGCGUAGUGCAGAGCUAUUUGCAAUGGCUCACAGAUUGUGACUACGACACAAAUUGUUCGCUGUGCGAGAGACCUCUGGCUGACGCAGAGACUAUUCGUUUGCAGUGUUUACAUCUGUUACAUUGGUCCUGUCUGGAUGAGUGGGCUCGGCGCUUCCCUGCAACAACUGCACCUGCUGGAUACUGUUGCCCCUUCUGUCGGGAAGCCCUCUUUCCUGCGAUGAAUCAAACUUCUCCGAUGAUUGAUGAGCUCCGAACUAAACUUCAACAAGCGAACUGGGCUAGGGCUGGCCUGGGACUGCCACUGCUACCUGAACUGGAACCUACGUCUUUGCCUCCUCAACAAGCUCACCGACCUACCAGCAACUCUACAUCAGGACCGCCACAUUUCAAUGUAGUGAACAACGAUGGCCAUUUUCCAGUGCAAAGUCAUGCGAAUAGGUCUGGAACAGCAACACCCGAAGUGGCGUUAGAGAUAGAUGAUGCUGCAUUUUCUGGAAAGAGGGAGCAAGUGACCUUUACGUCACGCAAGAAGCAUGCGGGUGGUGCUGAACCUGACACGCAGCCACUUCUCUCGAGGACGAGCGAACGAGAUGCAGACAGUGAGCAUAACAAAUAUAAAAGAAGACCGGCGAGAGAGUGGUUGAGAGGCAUAUGGAGGGCGAAAUACGGCAGCUCCACACCGGAUCACUUCACGGGAUAUAAACGUGUUCUGAUUAUUGCGCUUUUUCUCUUCCUUUUGCUGGUUACGGUAAUUGUUGUGCUGACGAAGGCUGGAAUAGGAGCAGCAGAAGAUCCCCUGCUUGAUCCUAUGAAUAAUCCUAAUAUUCGUGUAGCUGUUGAAGGAGGCGUGGCCGAUUCUAUUUAA